AUGCCGUUCACUGCCGUCCGUAGACUACGUAAUACGGUGGGGAUUGCGGCAUUGUCGGGAGCUGCAGCAUACUACGUCCUAGCAACUAGAGAGGCUAGAGUGUUGCUCGGGCUGCAUGGUGGUGUUGAUACGACCCCAGCAGCGGCGGUCUGCUGGGGGACACGACUCUAUAGGGGGCUAGUGGUGCCCAUCCUGUUUCCAUUGACAGCCAGCGACCCCGAAGUGGCUCAUCGUAUGGCGAUUAUGGGCGGCGCUGUUUAUGGCAGAAUUGUCUUCUUUUUCCACCGCUUUUGGAAUUGCUUGAAUGUGUAUAACGAAAGAGUGAUGGACAGAAUCGCUACUAUCCUACUCGAUGGUGAUUCACGAAGGCCAGCCUGCGCUGUAGUAUCAGACGAUGUAGACCCUCUAAAGCAGGUCCUAUUUGGUGUCGAGUUCCCCCGACCAGUGGGCCUGGCUGCUGGCUUUGACAAGAACGGCGAGCUGUUGCAUUUGUUGACCUCUUCAACGCUUGGCAAUGGCUUUGCUGAGAUAGGAUCUGUAUCGAAGGAGCCCUGGCCUGGCAAUCCACGUCCUCGUAUGUUCCGACUAGCUAGAGAUGGUGCCGUAAUCAAUCGUAUGGGCCUCAACAAUAGAGGCGCUGCAGCACUGCGUGAGAAGCUGCGGUCUAUGUCAACUUUGCUUAACGGCACGAGGCAUACACCGCCCAUUGGUGUGAGCAUCACCAAGACACCAUCUCCGACCAUUGAGAACGAUGCCGCUAUAGCGGAUAUUGUGGCGAGCUUCGAUGAGGUGGCCCCUUACGCAGCUUACAUCGACGUUAAUAUCAGCUGUCCGAACACAGCAGAGGGGAAGACCUUCGAGGAUCUCGAGGCUCUGGAAAAGCUCCUUGGGGCACUUCUAACUUGGAGACGUGAUAACUACCCUGACAAGCCGGUCUUAGUGAAGUUGAGUCCACCCCCAGCUGAGGCUGAUGACACAUACUAUGAAGGUGUGUCGAGGAUGGUGCGGAAGGCGGUGGAACUUGGUGUUGAUGGCUUUGUUAUGAUCAAUACUAUCGCAGAUAGAGGAGACGACCUCAAUCUGGACAGGUCGGUCGGAGACAGCAACCACGGAGAGAAGGGUGGCAUCAGUGGCAAGCCCGUACGACAACGAGCGAUCAAUCUCGUACGACACGUCUAUAAAGUGACAGCAGGAAAGGUCCCUAUCAUUGGUUGUGGAGGAGUCUUCACAGCCCAGGAUGCUUACCGUCUGAUACGGAAUGGGGCGUCGCUGAUACAGGUAUAUACUGGUAUGAUUUACGAGGGCCCAUGGGUGUUCCGAGAUAUCAACUGUGGUUUGGCUGAGUUGCUUCGGAAAGAUGGCUACAGCAACGUUCAUGAGGCGGUUGGUGUCGAUGUCAAAAGCGAGUUUUAUUAA